AUGUCUCGCAGUGAAUUGAGCAAGGGAACCUACGUUGCGGAUGUUGUGAUGCCUUUACUUCGGUCAACUUCGAAGGGCUUCCCAAAUAGCUCGGAGGAAUCCCAGAAUUGGGAAGAAGCCGGAUGUCAUGGUAUUAGUGAGCUUAAAACCAAAAGAGAUAAAGUUAUGGAGAGAAGCAUUGAACUAAAUAAGUUAUGUUGGAAUUGUAGGAAUACCUCAAUAUUUCACCCGACAUUAUAUACAUAA